AUGUCAAAACAAAAUGGACAACAGUCAUCUGGUCCUCAAAACCAGCCAAAUCUAGACCGCCAGAAUGGAGCAUCUUCGACCUCAAAAACAGGCGUCGUCCAGCCAAAACCACAAGCCCUCCCCCGUCGGACAGGACCCGCGUCAAUCCUUGUCUCUCCCCGUCAGAAAGGCAACCCGGUACUCGACAAGAUCAAAUCGAUGCCAUGGGAAUACUCCGACAUACCCGCCGACUACGUCGUAGGCGUGACAACCUGCGCCCUCUUCCUCAGCCUCAAGUAUCAUCGACUCCACCCGGAGUACAUCUACACGCGCAUCAAGAACCUGCAGGGGAAGUACAACCUCCGAAUCGUCCUAUGUAUGGUCGACAUCGACAAUCACGAGGAGAGCUUGAAGGAGUUGAGCAAGACGAGCGUGAUCAACAAUGUCACGAUUGUGUUGUGUUGGUCCGCGGCGGAAGGGGCGCGGUAUCUGGAGUUGUUCAAGACGUAUGAGAAUGCGGCGCCGACGAGUAUCAAGCAGCAUCAGAGCACUGCGUAUAGCGAUCGAUUGGUCGACUUCGUCACUACGCCGAGGGCGAUCAACAAGACGGAUGCUGUGAGUCUGGUAUCGCAGUUUGGGACUUUGAGAACCGCGGUGAAUGCCCGACAUGAGGAAGUUGCGACGAUUGCGGGUUGGGGAGAGAAGAAGGUGCAGGCAUGGUGUAAUACUGUAAGGGAGCCCUUCAGAGUGCAGAGAGCGGCGAAGAGGGGUCUCAACCUAGAGAACAUGGUUGCGAGUCAGCCUGUAUCCAGAGCGCCGACCCUGUCAAGGGAUGCGUCGAGAGCGGAAAGCGGCUCUCCAGCAGUCGAAACUCCCGCAGCAGAUGACAACCAACUACCAAGCCGACCACAAACAGGCGGCGCAGACGCCGACCGUCGACCAACCUCUCGACUCGCAGAACAAGUCGAUGUCGCGGCCGAUAGCUCAGACCAAGAAGCGCUGGCAGCAGCCUUGGAUGCCGAGAGCAACCCCAAACCAGCUACUUCCUCCAAAGUCUCCACGAGCACAACCACAGAAGUCCCAAAGAAACGCAAGCCAGCGGACGAUCCCCUUAGCGAGGGGAUCCAGGCUGCCUUGAACAAGUUCAGAAAGGGGUGA